GGCUGCUACGACAGAUCGCGCACUGUGGAGUCUCCUGUGUCACUUCAGCGCACACCUGGGACGCUGUCACACGCAACUUUCUCUCAGCUUCACACAGCAGGUGGUACCAAGGAGGUGGGUGUCUAAAACCAGCCAAAAACCAGACGAACAAGCUGAGCGAGAGAGAGAGAGAGCGAGCGAGCGAGCCGGUGCCAUUUCCCAGGUAUACGUUGAUCUCAAAUGCACUGAUUACUCGGAGUCAACAUGCGGCACCAUUCGUAUCUCCUCCUCCUCUCCAUCUCUGCCAUAGGGCUCGGGUACCUCACGACCCCCGCGUCUGCUCAGAUGCCCAGUCCCACAAUGAACUUUUUACAAUGUGUUGGACUGACGCCCAUGAACAUGUCUGACGGCCAGAAUAACACCCAGAUUGUUGAAGGAGUGUUAGCGGAAUUCAUUGAUGUCUACACCUUCUUGAGAUCCAGUUUCCAGGGUGGUUCUAUCCUGGAAUUGAUUGGAAGCAUUCAGAAUGCCUCAGCCAAUCAGCAGCCCCCGGAUUCAGGUUUCAUCAAGAUGUGGUUCCAAGUGAACCUUAGGCCCCUCCUCUCUACGGUGUCCAAGGAGGCCCUGUCUUGCCUGAGCAUGGGGAACUUCACCUGUGGGAUGUACCAGACCAUCGUCAACGAGAUAAGUCUUCAUUUUUCAAGUUUGACCCCUGCCAAGCAGAAGUUGAUCUACAAGUACUUUAUGUACCCCUUCCUUGCCAGGAACAGCACUGCAGGCUGCGUUUCUGCGGGGGAAAGCAGCGAGGUCUGGCUGCAGAGGAACUUCGGCCCGUUCUCAGCCGUGGCUCAGUUCAAGGAUUUCAUCGCGCUCAAAAUGGACUUCAGCGGCCUGGAAGUUCUGCACCUCCUCACCCCGGAACAGAAGGCGGAGCUGCUCCUGCACCCUGAAAUGGGUCACCUUGACAACGAGACCCUCAGCUUGGUCUUCGAUAGCCUGAUCAAACCUCUCCUCAACCAAUCAGGAUCUGCCAACUCAACCGUGCCGAUGCCUGGGCCGAGCCAACCCGAUGCAGGGAAUUUAAAUGGCAUCCUGAAAACACUGCAACCCCUGGGGAGUUUUAUCAAGCACCUAGUGUCCUUUACUCUUAACUCCAAUGUGACCACCCUGAGGAGCUACCAGCUGGCCCAGGCCGUGCUCAACUACUCCCUCUCUGAGAUAGCCGCGGCCCAGCCAAAAGAGGUCCUGCCCACCGCCCUGCCCUUGCCACCCGGCUUCAACGCCUCCAGCUUGGAUGACUGGUUCCAGCAUGUGGUGAUCCCGCUGAUUCACCAUUUCCUGCCCCAGAACGAGACCAUCCCCCCUGACCUCCUCGUCACCUUCUCCCACGUUUUCUUUGCAAAUUCUGAACCGGAACCCACCGAUCCGUUAGACAUCUGUCAGCUGGUGGAUCCUCACCCCUGCGCUCUUGCCAACACAGUGGAAACCUUGGCUAAAAUCUUCGAGUGUGUUAACCAAACAAACCUGACUGUACAACACCUGAGCCCCCUUGCGAUUGAGCUCACCACACUUCUGAGCCCAGUCAUACAGCAGCGCUGUACAAUGAAUGUGGGAUCUGACCUCUGCAGCCCACUUCCUACAACCACCAUUGACAGCUUCCCAUCCGAGAACUUCCAGGAUGUGAAUUUCACCCAGAUCUUUUUCCAGACCAAAAUCAAGCCUGCCCUGCCCACAAUAUCUGGAGAUAGCCUCCAAUGUCUCGCCACCAGGAACUUCAGCUGCCAGUCUUACCAGGCCUUGGUGAUGGAGCUGUCCAAUCAAAUGCAGCUUCUGGAUCAAGAGAGGCAGAUGUUGGUGUACACGAAUUUCAUCUACCCUUUCCUGUCACAGCAGACGUCUGCAGAUCCCAGCUGCAUAUCCCUGACAAACAGCAGCCACGACUGGGUGAUGAUGAACUUUGGCCGGUUUUCCAUCUUUGCCCAGCUGCAAGAUUUCUUCUCUUUGAACUCAAACUUUUCUGCUGUGGAGGUCAUUGAUCUCCUCAGCCCUCGACAGGCAGUGCAGCUGCUUGAGAUGCCUCACGUUGACGAACACACCGUCAAUGCAGUGCUGGACCGCUUCCUUGGAUCUCCAAACAGCGGGCAGGAGGAGUUCCUCCGUCAGCUUGUGAUGCUGAGCCCAAUGAACUGUAGCUCCAUCCCAAUCAUAAUGAAGAGGCUUCGCCACUUACUCUCCUCAACGCCAGGGCAUCUGGAGCCAGCGAUCUGGGCCAACAUUAAUGCAUUAAUGCACGCACAACCCGGAGACUGCAUGAUGAUGCCAGUUGAUGAAAAGUGCCCAUCCACACCAUGGAAUGAAAGCAGCAUUUGUUCAGGAGUACCCAGCCCUCUCCUGGACUCUGCGAUUACUGGGAUGCCCUGCAAUUUUACAAUCACUCAAUACGCUUGUUCAUCGUUGGCCUCACUCACUGGUGAAAACCUAGCUGACCUGCUAACAUGUUCGCUGUCCGGAGACAUGACCUACCCCAAGGAGACCUGGAAGCUCUUCCUCACCAAGGCCUCUGGAGUCCUGGACGAAGCCCUCCUCAUCCUCACUAACAGGUCCGUCCAGCUGAGGAGCCCGCCCGUCCUGGAGGUGAUCGGCGAACUCAGGAUCGACACGCUCAGCGAGGCACAGCUGCAGACCGUACCGGUCGUCCACCACCUGUUCGGUUCAGAACUGCGGACGGUCCUGUCCUCCGCGUCGGCGAGGUUUCUGUCCUGCCUCAGCAGCAAGAACUUCACCUGUGAGACCUACCAGCAGGUGGUGAAUGAAUUCGGCUUCCAGUUUCCUGGCAUGGAAGAGACGCAGCAGCGCCAGGUGCUCGAAUAUUUCAUCCUCCCCUUCCUGACCCAAAAUGACACCUCAGACCCAUCCUGUCUGAACAGCACCACUGGAAGUGAGGAUUGGCUAAACAAGAACCUCCAGCAGUAUUCCGCCUUCGUGCCUGUGCAGCAGCUCCUGGAGCUAAAUCCAAACUUCGAUCCGGUGACAGUCCUGAGUCUUCUCAGCCCCCGACAGACAGCAGAGCUGUUCGUUUUGCCCCACCCCACACUUUCGGAUAAAAAAGCCAUCGCCAACGCAGUGUUUGACUUCUUCAUGAAAUCACCAAACGACAAGAAACUGGUGGAAUUCCUCCAAGAGCUGCUGAUGCUCUCCGAGCAGAUGAACCUCAGUUGUGACUCCUACAAAACCAUAGUGAGCAGGCUAGACCAGGCGGUGUUGUCUGGGUCCAGUGAACUUCAAGCUAACGGAACAGAGAUCAGGGGCAAGCUUGUACAGCAGGCUCUGCUGCAUUGCCCAAUAAACGAAGUCCUUCCAGGGUGUCCGACAACCCAAGUAAACGAAAGCAGAAUCUGUGCUGGAGCCAACAAUUCCUCCGCCGUCAGAGUUGAGAACACAACCAUGAUGUGUGAAAAUGAUCUGGGACAUUACGCCUGUCUGCCAACGCCAACAAACCUAACAUCGGAACACGUGGCCAGGAUACUCAGCUGCUCUUUGAGGGACAACGUGACAUACUCGAAGGAAACCUGGAAGCUGUUCUUCACCAAAGUCUCAGGAGUCCUGAAUGAAGCUCUGGUCAUUUUCUCCAACAUGACCCACAGCCUGAGCCGAGCUUCUGCAAUGCCGGUUCUUGACGUGCUUGCAGAGAGCCUGGAUGCAGGGAUCACGAACUCAAGUGAAGACGUAUCUUUGAUCGCCAAGAUCUUCCAGGAGACGUUCAAGCCUUUCCUACCCUUCAUAUCACAAGGCCUUCUGUCCUGCCUGAGCACCAAGAACUUCAGCUGUCCGACCUUUGAAGUCAUAGUGAGAACUCUGAGUGAAAAAUAUGAAGAGAUGGACCAGCGCCAGCAGUCUUUGGUCUACACAGAUUUCAUCCAAGUAUUCUUGUCUCGGACGGACAUUCAAGAUCCAGGGUGCGUCCGCAGCACAAACGGCUCCGUGUCAUGGCUUCAGAUGAACUUCGGGAAGUUCGCCGGUUUCCUCAACCUCAGAGACAUCCGGAGGCUCAACGCAAACUUCUCAGUGCUGGAAGCUCUGCCUCUUCUGACCGUUAAGCAGUUGGCUGAAGUCGCUGCUACUCCAGGACAGCUGGUAACCGCUGGAGAUGCUAAUAGGCUAAUGAGCCACGUGCCGGGUGACCGUUUGGGCAUGUUCUUCGAUGAAUUUUCACCAGCCAUCCAGGGCCAGCCCUUGCCGGCAGAGGUGCGGUCUGCCAUGCUGCAGCAGGUGCUGGACCGGGCCAACCUCUCCGCCGCCAGCGAUGCGGAAGUCCUGGUGUGGCUGCAGCGCCGGCUGCCGGCCGUGGUGCCCAACCUGCGAGAGCAGCAAGUGGCCCCUCUCUUUGGCAUCGUCCGGCACAGGGACUGCAACAUCAGCCAGGAAGUGGUGAAGCUGCUGAGCGAUGUCCGCCCGACGCUGGGCAACGGCACGGAGCGCGAGGUCAACAGGAACAUUCUGCUCUCCUUGAGAGAGCCCAUGCCAUUGCGGUGCUACGCGAACCAGAGUUUCUACCUGUUUGUGAAAGAAAGCUUCCUCGAAUUCCCUACUCCCCAACUGUCCACAUUCCUUUCGCUGAUGCCACCAAACAGACAGGCAGCGCUGAUAAACUCCAUUCCUCCCCCUGAGCUGGGCAAGCUGCUGAAGGGCCCGAUGUUCAUAGAUAACAGCACGGCGCUCUGCACGCUCCUGCGGCCCUACACACAGACCCCCUCCCUCCUGGAGCAGGAGGUGUUUCCGGACAACGUGAGCUCACAGAUCUUGCCCUGCGUGUGGCCCCUGGCCCUCAAAGGUGUCGAUGAGGCAGAAGUGAGCCGAUGGUUCGACGUUCGGCUUCACAAUUACAUCAGAUUCCUCAACAAGGACCUCAUUAGCUCACACGAUACACUCAACGCAUCAUGUUUGGCCUUCAAGAAACUCGUCUUCACGUUGGAUAGCAACUUUGACUUCAACAACACUGAUAUCAGAGAGGAUGGUGUAUACAAUGUCAUUAAGACCUACCUCAGCACGGAUGGAAGUCCAAAGUGCUACAGCCCCAGGGACCCAACACUGAACUCUACGGCUUGGUUUUUCAACUACUUUCACAGUUUCAUUAGAUUUGCCAACUCGGAUGAUUUCGAUAAAUUUGGUUCAGAAGAAACACUUCAGGUCUUCUCUGUCAAUCCGCAAAACAUCCAGCUCUUCAGCCAACCUGGCAUCCAAGGCGACGUCAUCACUCGCUACACCGAGUACAUCUUCCAGCAGGACCCACUGUUCAGUCCUAUAGGGCUGCCACCCUUAUUGCAGUGCCAUGUUCCAGGAGCGGCCUAUUCCAGGCUGGAUGAGAAUCAGACUCUGGCUGUUCUUGGAAACUUAAACCAGAGCUGCACUACUGUGGAACCUACGAUUUCUGCAUCACUGGCUGGAAACAUCAAAAGAAUCAGUCCAGAAGUGCUGACAGCCCUGGGAAGAGAGGUCACGGGUUUGAGUGUCGCUCAGCUCGGUGCAGCUCCACCGGGCAUUCUCAUUGGCUCCCUUAAGCAGCUGGGAAAGGUUUCAGGCUGGAGUCAGGCCCAGUCCAUUACCAUCGUGAACGUGCUCAUUGCAGGAAACUACCAGACUAACAGUCCUGAGAACCUGCUAAACCUGGGGUCUCUAAUAGGGGGGUGCCCCUCGUCAUCCAUUUCCAGCAUCCCCCCCGCCGUAGCUCGGGAAACCGCUUCCAAUCCGGAGUUCGUCACCAACCUUUUGAGCGCUCCUCCAGUUGUGCGGCAGACGUUCGUCAGCCAGAUCAUCAAAGUGGAUGCUGCACCCCAGGUACUGUUAGACAACGUCCCUGAUGAACUAGCCACAGAAAUCCCCAGAAACCUGCUGAGCUUUCCCCCAAAUAUGGAUCUGGCUAUGGUGCAGAAAAUUAACAAGAAGCAUUGGAAACCUGAACAGGCGGCUCUGUUCUUUGAUUCAGUUGCUGCAGGAACCAGUAAUGCUGAUGAAAUUUCCACAGAUGUGCUCCAGGGAUUCUCAUGCACGAGGAUUCAGACUUUCGGAAAGGAAAAAGUCAAGAAUGUCAUCCGAGCCUGCCGUAGGAGAAAUGGUCGAAGUAAGGUGGUUCUGCGGGAAUCCCAGUUAACCUGCAUGAACAAUCACAUCAAGAAAGAAAAGCCACAGAAUUUCAGCGACUUCCCUUCAGACAUGCUGUUGUACUAUGAUUACUCCAACGUACAGCAGGCAACAUGCAAGUCGUACUUCACGGAGACCGGAAACGCAGACUUCAAUGUCCUAUCUGAGGCUUUGAGCAGGAAGAAAGUCGAUUUACUGAACAAUGCCAGAAGCUGCCUGGGCAUAACAGGAACACAGCUGAACAGUGAGCACGUGGAGGUUCUGGGAAACAUGUGUUGCACGCUGGAUGAGUCUUACAUCAAUGCCUCUGACCCGAUGAUACUGGAGAAACUUAAAAACUGCCAGAGUUUCUCAGGCCAGCAGGUGACUGCCAUGGAGACCGUUCUCCUCCGGGGGACCACCAAGUAUGGAAAUCCUUCAGAAUGGAACUCUCAAACUCUGGAAAGUCUCGGACCCCUCCCAGCGAACUUAGGAAAUUCAUUCUGGAGCCGUUUUAGAAAGAGGGACAUAACCGGAUUCCUGAGAAACAUGCGGAAACAGGACAAACAGGAAAGGAGGAAGCUCAAAACACUUUUCAAAGAACUUCAGAUUACAAGAUUUAGACGAGCAGCAGACCUGUGCACAGUUGGAAACAUCACACAGGUCACCAUCAGUGACAACGCUUUUCCAUUUGGCUACGACGCCACCCAGUUCGACAACUGCCUGAGCGUUGAGGUUGUGAGGGACAAUUUGGCAGGUCUGGCUGCGAAGGUGGAUGUGGAUGAAUUCCAAAAAAUCGUUUUGAACAAAAUAAAUCAGGCAUACCCAUCAGGCCUUUCAGAUCAGCAGGUGCAAAUCCUGGGUCCGCUGUCUCGUAUGGCCUCCCUGGGUGACAUCAACAAGUGGAACGUCACCACCAUCGACAGCCUGGCUGCUCUGAUGGACUCAGGAAAUGGAGCGUGGGAGCCAGCAAAGAGCAUGGCCAUAAUCACUAAAUACCUGGGGACAGUAGGCAAUACCCUGGGAACCCGGGAGCUGAAUGCCAUAGGCGGGCCGAAUCUGUGCUCAGUGCCCACCAGCGUCCUGACGACCAUCACGCUUGACAGCCUGAAAAACGCCAACCCCUUGAAUGUUACGGCUUGUCCCGAGGGGGUCAAGAAUGAACUGUUCAGUAAAGCUGUGCAAGCCUUUAACUCGAAUCCCAAAUCGGAUCCCGUUUCCCUGACAACGUACCAGCUCAUCCAGCCUUACCUGGGAGGCGCCCCCAAAGAUUACAUAUUAAGACUGUCAAGAUCCAACGUCAGCAUGGACCUAGAAACCUUUACCAGUCUGAACUCAAGCAUAGUCACGUCUCUCAAUGUGAUGGAGGUAAAAUCACUGCUGGGUGCCAACGUGGAUGACCUAAAGACCUAUGAGAACAUGACUAUAAUCCAAGCCUGGAUCAGGAGUCAGGAUCAGUCGGCACUGGACUCUUUGGGCCUUAACCUGACGGGUGGACGAGCAACUGCGACUACAGCCAGAUCAACAACAAGCGCAGCACGCCCAGGAAACACAACUUCAAUCAAGACAACUACAAAACGCACUACUACAACAUCUGGUCAUGACGGAACAAGCCCACCUUCCGCUCACCAACUCUCUCUGUUUUUGGGUUUGAUAUUUGUCGUACUGCAACUGUUGAAGUAAUUUUAAGAAUGAAAAUAUCAAAUGAAUCAAUGAAUCUUGUAUGUUUCCGUCCUAUUUAGUCUAUGUUUAAUGUCUGGUUGUUAAGUAGGUGUAGAGGCUGGCAGAUUUCUGUAAUCACAAAUGAGCACAGCUUGUUUUUUGCUUUUUACAAAAACCUCUCAGCUCAAUAUUUUAUCUUAUGGGUAUUUUGAUAUUAAAUUGAAGAUUUUGAUUGGGAACUAUUGUAACCACGAAUUUAUAU